AUGACGGUUUCUGUGGUAACGCCCUUUGUUUUGGCCUGCGUCCGUCACGCUGAUACGCCUGCACGGCCAAGCGAGAGCGUGCAAAGCGUGGAAAAGCGUGUAAAGCGUGUAUGGCGUCUGUACCAGCAGCGUAUCGUGACCAAAGACAGACGUAAGACUCCUUCUCGCUCGGAAUCACAGUGA